AUGAGCGACUCAAUUACAGUCAACUGGCCACAAGGUUUGGAGCUAUACCAUAUAGACACUUUCCAAGCCUUAGAAGAAUGGACUCCUCCUCUCACCAAGCUCCUCCAAUCUUGCGUCAACGACGAGCCUCCUUCAUCAUCACUCGGUUUCCAUGCGCCUUUAUCUUCCAGUGACGCUCAAGAAUUCUGGCUUUCCCUUUCAACUCAGCUCUUUGGUCCUAAGUCGCGAAUCAGCCUAUUCGUACUCGCACGGGGUUCCUCGGCAGUUGGUACUAUCCAUCUAUUGUCUCACCCCAAAGCAACUCACGCGCAUAAAGUCGAGGUUGCAAAACUAUUGGUUUCAGAAGAGGAAAGAGGUCUUGGGCUAGGAAGGAAACUGAUGGAGUUUUCUGAGAGGUUUGCUAAAGAGAAGUUGGGCAAGAGUAUGGUUAUGCUCGAUACUGCGACAGAAACACCGGCCAGAGGAUUUUACUUGAAAAUUGGAUAUACGGAAUGGGGUAUCUGCCCGAAUUAUGCUGAGAGUGCAGAUGGGCGUCUGCAUGACUGUUCAUUCUUCUAUAAGAAAUUGGAUGGUUAG